CAGCGGAGCCGGCAGGGGCGGUGAGGCCUGCGCCUACUGGGCCGCUGCCGCUCAGCGGCCUCUUCCCGCUCUUUCCCGCGGGGCUGCCCGCCGGAGCGCGGCCUGGGGCGUACUGAGGGAAGGCGCUCCCCGCCAGGGAUCUCCCGAGCCAGAGCCUUGUUUAUGGGACGUGAAAGCAGGGCGAAGGAGAAGGCAGCAAAACUUCUGAAGGUUUGCAGAAGACAGUAAGAGAACCACCAAGAAGGCUAUUGCAGUAUUGUCAAUUCCAGAAGUCUGGUACUGGGACUGCUACUCCAGCUUCCUUGUUGCUGGUGGUGCCUGGGCCUUAUCCCAGCACUACCUGAGUGGAGAGUAUCAUUCUGAGGACAACUGUCUGCUUUGUGUUUGAGCACCUCCCACUAUAUAAAUACCCUUCGGUUGGAAUUUACUACUUGCCAAUAUGUAUCAUUCUGUGUCUGAAACCAGUCAUCCUUUGCAAACAGAGGAACAAGAAAUAGGCAUUGAUCCCUUGCAGAGUUAUUUGAACAAGCCAGAGGAAGGAGGAUCAAAUGAAAAUGGAAGCACGCACCACACUUCAGAUUCUGAUGGAACGUUUAUUUCUUACAGCAAAGAAUGGGAAGAACUAUUUGUAAACAACAAUUACUUGGCAACUAUACGGCUGAAGGGGAUUAAUGGGCAGCUGAGAAGCAGCAGGUUUCGUAGUGUUUGCUGGAAGUUGUUUCUGGAGGUUCUACCCCAAGACAGAAGUCAAUGGAUUAAAACCACUUCAGACUUAAGAACUUCUUACAGUAAAAUCAAAGAAAUUCACAUUACAAACCCUCGGAAAGCGGGACAGCAAGAUCUGAUAAUCAACAACCCACUGUCUCAGGAUGAGGGGAGUCUUUGGAAUAAAUUUUUCCAGGAUAAAGAGCUUCGAGCAAUGAUUGAACAAGAUGUGACAAGAACCUUUCCUGAAAUGCAGUAUUUCCAGCAAGAGAAUGUGAGGAAAAUUCUCACAGAUGUUCUGUUCUGCUACGCCAGAGAAAAUGAACAGUUGCUUUAUAAGCAGGGUAUGCAUGAACUUUUAGCUCCCAUUGUUUUUAUCCUGCAUUGUGACCAUCAGGCUUUUUCACAUGCCAGUGAAGCUGCACAACCAAGUGAGGAAAUGAAAGUUCUUUUGAAUCCUGAAUAUCUGGAACACGAUGCCUAUGCAAUGUUCACACGUCUUAUGAAAACUGCAGAACAUUGGUUUUCAACUUUUGAACAUGACAGUCAGAAGGAAAAAGAUGUGAUGAUUACACCUACACCAUUUGCAAGGCCACAGGACUUAGGCCCAUCUAUUGCUAUUGUAGCAAAAGUAAACCAAAUUCAGGAUCAUCUGCUGAAGAAACAUGAUAUUGAGCUGUACAUGCAUCUGAACCGACUGGAAAUUGCUCCACAGAUUUAUGGGCUGCGAUGGGUGAGGCUCCUGUUUGGACGUGAAUUCCCACUUCAAGACCUUCUGGUUGUCUGGGACGCUCUGUUUGCUGACAGUAUCACCCUGAAUUUAGUUGACUACAUUUUUGUAGCCAUGUUGUUAUAUAUUAGAGAUGCCUUGAUUUCAAGUAAUUAUCAGACCUGUUUGGGACUUCUGAUGCAUUAUCCACCUAUUGGAGAUGUUCACUCCCUUAUUCUAAGAGCACUUUUUCUCCGAGAUCCAAAGAGAAAUCCAAGACCAGUGACUCAUCAAUUCCAACAAAAUUUAGAUUAUUACAAAGCGCGCGGAGCAGACUUGAUGAACAAAACCCGCGCCAGUGCUAAGGCUGCCCCACUGAACAUUAACAAAGUCUCCAACAGCCUACUGAAUUUCGGCCGAAAGCUCAUUGCUCCAGCUAUGGCUUCAGGGGGGGCUGUGGGUGCUCCUGCUGGCGGGAGCAGCUUCCCCCCCUCUGCAAUGCCUGUCAGAAGCACAGUGGAAGCUCCUCAGCACCAUCACCACCACCAGCAGCACCACCACCAGGCACAACAGCAGAGGAUGAUGAAGUCCGAAAGCAUGCCAGUUCAGCUGGGCAAAGGCCAAAGUUCAAAAAAUAUCAGUUCAUCUCCAAGCAUAGAGAGCUUGUCUGGAGGACGUGAAUUUACAGGAUCUCCACCUUUGUCUGCAUCAAAAAAGGAUUCCUUUUUCAAUACAAUCUCCCGCUCCCGUUCCCAAAGCAAAACUAUGAGCAGAAAAGAAUCGGAGGAGGAAUUGGAGGCCCAGAUUUCAUUCCUACAAGGACAACUAAACGACUUGGAAGCCAUGUGCAAAUACUGUGCGAAGAUGAUGAACACACAUCUUGGAAAUAUUCAGGAAGUCAUAUUACAAGAACACUUGGAAAAAGAGGAUGAAAUCCUGGUUUCCUUGGCUGGUUUGAAGCAGAUCAAGGAUAUCCUGAAAGGUUCAUUGCGUUUCAACCAGAGUCAGUUGGAAGCUGAAGAAAAUGAGCAAAUCACCAUAGCAGAUGAUCACUACUGUUCCAACAGUCAGAACAAGGGGACAGGUGAUGCCCUAAAGGGAUCUGUUAUGACAAAGCAACAGUUCAUCUCAGAACGACAGACUACAACUGAUUCAAGCACUAGUGAAAGCAAGACUGCUGAUGACUAUAUUAUGGUUUCCAAAGAAGAGGAAGGAAGUAGAAGUACUGUCCCAGAGCCAGCGCAAUCCCUUCAGACACACAAGGAGGCAGUGGUGAAGCCAGAAGCUCCUUCUCGUUCUUUGAUAUUCUCUGAUCCACUGAUGGGGUCCAUUUCAGCCUCCUCCAGCAACCUGAGCUCCAGCCCUGAUGACGACAGUAGUAAUAAUAGCAAAGAUUCUGAUUUUGCUAUUGUCAGCCCACUGGACAUCUAAAGAAACAGGUUGGAAGAGUUUGCAAGAUUGUUACAAGUCAAUACAAAUUCCUAUGAUUGCAUGGGCUGGAUAAUUCUUUGGAUUAGAAGGACAGAAAAUAGAUAAAGGGAACCCAUUUCAGCUGCCAAAAGCCUAAACUUGGGAAAAAAAAUAAUAAAUUUGCAACUUUUCAAAAAGAAUAGACACCUUUUAAUAACUGCCUUAAAUAAAGACCCUGUAAAUCCCUGUUCUAAUAUACAGUUAUUCUUAGUUAUAUGUUUAUCUUACUUAGAAGCUUUGUUACUGUAGAACUGUUGCUUUCCCAAAACAUAGAAUAGUAUGUGCUAGGUACCACAAUGGAUUAGAAAAUGUGUAGAGACUUGGCAUCAGACCUGAAGCAGCAAAGACAAGUUGGAUUUAAUAUCAUCCUUUUACAAAAUAUGCUUGACUGGGUUUUCUGAGGAGGAAAAGGUACUCUGUCUCUAGAGAUUGUGAUUAGAGAAGUGGGGAAUGUAUAUGAGAAAGAUUAAAAGUAUCGUCUUUGCAGUGAGCUUGUUCUCAGUUGAGGAAUCCUAGUUUCUUCAUUUUCAUCUGGCAGUAGCCUGAGGUGUGUUCGAAGCAGAGGUUUGUGUAGUUGUUCCUCAGCGCUGUCUUACAGGAGAGAGAAUGUGUGACAAAUUCCCUGAGAACAGGGACCUAUACAACAUAUUAUUUCCUUUCGCCUACUUUUUUUCCCCUUGUGAGGUCACAGUUCACCUUGUUCCUUCUUUGUAUCUGUCUCCUUUUAAUCCCCCUGGCAUGAAUUAUUUUUUAUUUUACUGCGACUACCAUGGUUAAAACAGUAGAUGCAAGGGAAAUUAUGAUAUUGUGUAGUGUAGACUUCAGCCAGCUGAACUACAACUAGCUUGAGUAUGGUAACUUACCAGGGAAGGGUGCAAAGUGAAAUGAAAUGUCCACAGUUAAAAGCACUUUAUAUCUCAUUACUAGUAUCUUCUGUAGACUCUGUUUACAUAUAUUCCUAUGCGAUUUCCAUAUUCCAAGAAAAGCAUAACGGUGCAGCAGUGUUAACCAACAGAAAGUUUCUAAAUAACUCUAGAACUUGUUCUUCUAUGAAAAAAAGUGUAUUUCUUUCCCAUCAAGUACAUAGUACGUCUAAUAACAGGUUUUUCAAGCUUAUGGGGGGGUUCCCUUUGAACUCUGUUGGACUUCAUAAAAAGAAAGCAGUGGUAAGCAGACACCUCCUCUUGCAAGACCUAGACAGAGCUAGCUUAACAAAGGAAUGCUAGAAUCAUUCUAUAACAGCAUCAAAAGAAAUUGUAUUAUUUACUUUUCAGAUACAUUAUACCAUGCAACAACUUCAUAAUUGCAUGGCAAAGCUUGUGUUUGUAUGGAGUUAAGAAAUGGUAGUUAUUUGCUGCUUAGUCUGUAAUUGUAAAUCAAGUUAAGUACUAUAUCCCAAAGAUGAGGUGACAUGUAGUUUGCUGGUCUUAGAUUUCACAAGGUUUGUGUCAGUGACUGAAGAGAUAAUUAUAAUGUCAUUAUAUGGUAGCUACCAUAUCCUUACACCUUCAAAAAUGCCAUGUAGUCCUUCUGAGAUUAUUUGUGCCUUGUUAUAUGAUAAAAUACUAGAAUGUUAUGAGCAGGCAUAGCAUGAUACCUCUCUGCAACAGUGAUACGAACAGUCAGAUGGCUGUUUAGAUGAAAGAUCUUAAAUGCAUAACAUUUCAGAGAGGAGUUUAUUUUGGUUUAAUUUUAAGCUUCAUUGAAAGUCACUUUGGAAUUCGGCAUGCAUGCCUGUCUUCAGGUUUAUUUUAUUUCCCUGAGUUUGCAUGAAUGCCAGGGGAUUAGGUGGCCUGUUGAUUUAUUUAGGUCUUUCAAGCUUUUCUAGCCUUAACCCAUUCAGCAAGGCUCAUGCCAUACAACCAACAAUGAGGAAUCUGUUCAAGAAGUACCUAUGGAAAGAGGAAAGAAAUAUUCUGGGGACAGAGAGAAAAGUUUUGUGACACAUAAACAUUCAAAGAUUCCAAUACUUUGACAGGGGAAAUAUUUUUACUUCUUUUUUAUUUUUUUAAGCAUCAAUCUUUCGAUUUCUGUUCUGGUUGUUUGUUUCAGGGAUCACAUUGCUAUUUUCUUGACUAGUCUCAUUGCCAAUGGAAGAGUUGAUUUGUACAGUUCUUUUAUUUUUGUAAGUUAGUUGUAUCUUUAAUAUUGCAUAUUUUAAAGCAGUCCUAAAAGUUUAUAAAGAUUUUGUGAGUUUCUGAGAAGUUUUCACUAAUCAGUGAAUACCGAUGAGCUGAAUGCCUGUCAUGCCAUGGGAUAUGAUAAAAAUCUUCAUAAGCAGAGACAUAAUUAUACAAACAAGAUGAGAGCAAUUUCCAGUAAAUCAAUUUAUCUGCUUUGGUUAUACCAUGUCCUUCCACAUCUCAAAUAUAUCUGAUACUUGAUCACAGUGCAAGGGUACUUAGAAUUUUAUACAUUCAUUAAGUUUGAAACUUCUCAGUUAGACAAAAUGUCAAGUCAUAACCCUGUCUUGUGUUAUGUUAAAAAUUCCAAGAAAGAAAUUGUCAUUUAAAAUACAAGAUCAGUCUUUUUCUCUGAAGAUGACCUACUCAUAAUAUUAAUGGAUAACAAUAAGCAGAUAGAAAAAUUAUAUUCAUUGCAAUUUACUGAUGAAAACUAAUAUGGGAUUAAGAUAUGUAUCUGAGACUGUUGUAAUGUAUCUCGCAUCUGUAAUUUAUGACUGUCUAAAGUCUCUUGCAUGUCAUAUCAUUUGUAUGUACUGCAGAAAGGCAGUAUCAUAUUUUCCCUGGGUAUUCAUUUAGUCGUGGAACUUUGUAUCUUUAGUCUGGAAGAACAUCUAGUCUGCUUUAUUAAAGAAAGAAUUAACAAGU